UCGCGCGUAGGAAACAGAAAUUGAUUGGUAGCACGCAAGCGGAACGGCGCAGGAUUCAGGUUGCUCGGGUGAUCCAAGUCAUCCAAGGAUCAGGCAGGAUCAACGGGAAUCGCGGAGUGGGUGCCGACGUCAGGAUCGUGAUUCGAAACUGUUUGAAAUCACGCCCGCGUUCCGGAGCUGCCGACGCGGAGGAUCGAUGAUAUUCCUCAAGAAUGACGUAACCUGACGAAAAAAGACGCACACAUAUUCCUCCACGAGCCGCCGAGCUUGAGCAGCCUGCUUUCAGGUUAUGUGUGCCACCGUCGCCGUCGCGUUGUCGGUGAAGCUGUCAGAUUACGAGUGUCUACCGUGCGCCGUCCUCGAAGAGUUUCGCCCAUAACCUCAAACCGUGGGAGAGACGACUGCAUUACAGUGCAGGAGGGGAAAGUACAAUUUGUUUGAAACGGCAAAGAAACAAAUAGCAAAAUGGUUUUUGAGUCAAUCAUUGCAGAGCUCCUCAAUAAGGUGCUCGGCGAGUACAUUCAAAACUUGGACUACACACAGCUCAAAGUCAGCCUCUGGGGAGGCGAUCUCGUGUUAAAUGACUUGUUAAUAAAGGAAUCUGCGUUGGAUGUACUGGAUCUUCCAGUAAGAUUGGAAUAUGGACGUCUAGGAAAACUGAUACUGAAGAUCCCCUUCAAAGACAUGUGGAACGGCCAGAUUGACGCAAUAGUUGAGGAGUUGUUUAUUCUGGUAGUGCCUACGAGUCAAGUUGCAUACAAUGAGGAGAAGGAAACGAAAGCACAGUUGGAAACUAAGCGGGCGGAACUUGAAAGAGUGGAGAAGAGGAAGCAGUUAGCGGACAUCAAAUCACAAGAAAAGCUGGACGACUCGAUGGUCGAGAAGCUAGUCGCUCGUAUGAUCAAGAACAUCCACGUGGAGAUCAAAAGAAUCCAUGUUCGGUACGAGGAUCACGUCACCUUCAAGGAGCACCCGUUCUCCGUCGGCUUCACCCUGAACACCUUUAUUCUGGAAAGUUGCACAGACUCGUGGGAGACCACCGGCAAUUUGAAAGAUAUGUACGCCAUCCCGCAGAUCUUCAAACUGUGCGGUUUGGACGGACUAGCUGCCUACCUCAACACCGGCUUGGAACAAUAUAGCAAGAGCCCGCAAUCCUCCUAUUCCACUCUCUUCUGCAGCGGUAUAGCAACCAUGGACUACACUCCGCCCGGUUACCAAUACAUGCUGGGACCAAUCAACAUCAAGUCCAAACUUAGGCUUAAUCCUAAACCAGAAUCUGAUGGCAGCAACUAUACUAUCCCUAAAGUAUGGUUGGACCUGGAGAUGCAGAAAUUGCGGAUCGGCUUGACGAAGCGGCAAUAUCAAACGCUGGUGCGGCUAGGUGAGGGCCUGGACCAGGCACGGAAGGCUGCGCCGUACCGAAAGUAUCGGCCCAACGUCCCGUACCGUGGCCACUAUAAGGAAUGGUGGCGUUUCGCGUAUACCUGCGUCCUUGAGGAGACGGUACGACGAUGUCGUCGCAACUGGGACUGGGAUCACAUGAAACAACAUCGCGAUACCUGCCGCGCGUACGCCGAGGCUUAUCAGACGAAACUGACGACCAAGAAGCUGGCAAAGGAGAUCGAGGAACAGCUGACUCACUGCGAGAAAAAGCUUGACAUCUUCAAUCUGGUGAUCAUCCGGCAGCAAAUUGAGAUGGAAGUAGAGAGACUGGCAGAAAGGGAGAAGAGUCUGAAGGCGCAGCGGGGGUGGUUCGGUUUCUUGUGGACUAGCUCGCAGGCUGAGGAGACGAAGGAGCUUAACUCGGCCGCGGCGAUCAUGCGCAGAUUCGAGGAAGCGAUGACGCCGCAGGAGAAGGAGAAACUGUAUCGAGCGAUCGAUUAUCAGGAGAAUAGUACUCCCGCGCACUACCCGGAGACAUACGAGAUGAUCGACACGCAUUUCUUCCUACACGGCCUGCAGAUCUCGCUGCUGGACACGGACAAGAAGCACCCGUGCGUUCUGGACCUACAGCUGCAUGGCGUACGAGUGGGAUUCAAGUCGCGGCCAUCCGCGAACGCGAUCCGCGUCACUGCAUCCAUCAGCGACAUGAAGCUGCUAGGCGCGACGCAAGAUGAUCGUGUGCCUUCGCUCUUCAAUCCAGGACAUGGUAGUUCCGACAGCGCUCUGCUGUCGGUAUCCUACGAGAAAAAUCCAAUCGACAAGCUGUGCGGCGAUCGCGUCAUUGUUAAUUCGCGAUCCGUCGAUAUCAUCUACGACGCGCAGACCAUCAUAGAGCUGGUUAACUUGUUCAAGAUACAAGAUCCUUCGACGCUGAAUCAGCUGCAAUCAGCUGCAGCAGAACAAUUAGAAGGCUUGAAAGAAAUGUCGGCACUUGGAUUAGAAUAUGCGAUACAGAAGCAUUCGGUGCUGGAUAUACAAGUAGAUAUGCAGGCCUCACAACUUAUCGUACCGUACGGCGGUUUCUACGAAGAUUCAAAGGCGCUGAUCGUCGUGAAUCUGGGCAGCCUGAAGAUGCAAUCCUUGCAGGAAGAGAAGACCGAGAUGAGCGGCGUCACUGUCAAGCAACUAGUUAGCAUGGGCAAAAGCGAGGAGGAAGUUCUGUCACAUUUGAGAGCGCAUAGCUACGACAAGUUUGUUUUGAAGAUCGUCAACUUCCAGGUGCUGGUAACAUUGCCGGACGAAGAAUGGCGAACUGCGUUGGCGGGUACCGAAAGCGCCCUAACGUUGCUGCAUCCGACGUCUUUGGAGAUCCAGUUCCACAAGUGUCUGGUGACAGACGACCCUCUAUUGCCGAAACUGCGGCUUAUCGGUCACUUGCCGUCGGUGGCGGUGAAUAUAACGGACGUUCGGCUGCUGCAAGCCCUGUCAAUCGCACAAAGUAUCCCCGUGCCUGAGGAGGAGAAACCCGCAGAAGGCCAGCGAAUCUCCCUCUCCAAGUCUGUGUCACAGCUCUCGCUCAAGGAGUUGGGAACGACGAUAUCCAGCAUCGCCAACAAGAAACAGCAGGAAACGGACCCUGCGCCGAUGAAGCAGACCAUUGAUCUGGAGAUGAAAUUCGAGAUGAAGGAGUUGACGCUGUCAGUGUUCAAGCAGCAGGAUGAUAACGUAUCAGAAUUCAUCAGAUUCCAAGUGUUGCAACUGGAAGCGGACAUGCUGCAACGUACGUACGAUCAGGAGAUAAAGCUGCGACUGGGCGGCGUGCAGAUCCGGCAGCGUCACGAGGAUCAAGAGAUUUUCAUGGUGAACACGCCAAUGUCGGCCGGUCGGGAUGAAUAUUUGAUCACUGUGAAGUAUGUGAAUGUGAACAAACGUUCGCCGGAGUUUGUCACGCGGCACGGUUCCGUCGUGAAGUUCCUGCAGCUGGAAUUCACCUCGCUGGACACGCUGCUGCACCAAGAGGCGCUCAUCGAGCUGCUGCGGUUUAGCACGUAUAUCCAAGAUCGAAUGGACUCGCUCGGAGGCGCUCAGAAGAGGGAAGUCGAGCGUCGCCGACCGACUCAAUUGGCUUCCAUCCAGGAGGAGACUUCCGGUUUCCUCAAGGAACAGUUACAAAGGCAACGGCUGCGGCCUACCGGACGGCGCAGAAGGCAAACGGUGGAGUGUAUCGACCUAAAAGUUACCGCCAACAUCAGCUCGAUCAAUCUGAAGAUCUCCAGCGCCGCCCGGGACAUCACCGCACUCUACGUUGAGGGCAUUCACUCCAGUUUUCUCAGCAAGUCUUCCUACUUGCAAACGAACGUCGAGCUAUCGAAUAUCAGCAUCAAGGAUCUCAAUCCUGCUUCUAUGUACAAGGAUAUCAUAACUGUGGAGGGUAAUGAGUCUCUGCAGGUCAAAGUAGUGAUGUACAACAUUGAACACUGGGAGACGGAUAAGAACAACAUGUCCGUCAGCUUGACGAUGGGUUGCCAUCGUAUUGUCUUCCUGAACGCGUUUGUCGGCAGCGUGAUGAACUUCCUGAACAAUUUCCAAACCGCGCAGAAAGCUAUCAAGGACGCGUCAGCGGCAGCGGCGGAAGCCGCGAAGACGAACAUCAAGGACGUUCAGGAGAGCGCUUCUCGCAUCGAACUGAACAUUAAUAUCAAGGCGCCAGUCGUAUACGUGCCGAUGAACUCCAAGAGCGAACACAGUUUAAUGCUGGAUAUGGGUAAUCUUAAAGUGUGCAACUCCUUCAAGAAACUGGAAGCGACGAACGAGCAGACCGGCGAGUACCCUAUAGUGGACGACAUGAGAAUCGAUCUGCAGAAUCUCAAGCUAUCGCGAGUCCGGCAGAACGUGGAGAAAUUCACCAGCGAAAACGAGGUGUUGCUGUUAGAACCAGUGACGUUCUCAUUGCUGAUGAAACGGAACUUGUCCACCGCCUGGUUCACUUCUAUUCCGGACAUUGACAUGUCCGGCAGAAUGAACAAGAUCAAUCUACUACUGAGCAAAGAAGACUAUGCUACGAUUCUCAAAGUGCUCGAGCAAAACCUGAGUGAGACUUUCGAAGAUCCUAAACCAGUGCAAGCUGUGCCAUCCACCGUAAAGCCAGAACCUAGCGGAGAGCUACAGAUGCAGCCGGCGUACAAAUACGAGGUGGACACGUCGCGGGAACAGCCGCCAACCGACACGCAGGAGCAGCUGCAUGGACACACGUCUAUAAAAUUCGAGUUCAUCAUGGACAGUCUGGUGAUCAACCUGUUCACCGGCGGCUCCAGACUGUUGCAGUCGCAGACGUCGCCGCUGCGCUUACCAGAGAACGGCCUGGCACGUUUCAGCCUCACGCACUUUGCCGUGAAGGGUCGCGUAUUCGCGGACGGCCUGCUGGCCACGUCGAUUCUGCUGAUGAACUGCACGUUGGAUGACACGCGGCCGAGCCGGGAAGGUUCACUGGUACGGAUCAUGGAGCGAACCAGCAACGUAUCGACGGCGGUGUCGGCCGAGAAUUCCGACGCCAAGUACGGCUCGAGAAGCAUGCUGGACGUGACGGUGCGCCAGAGCCCGAACGACACGUUCGCGGACGUGCGGGUGUUUUCGUUCAGCAUCAUCGUAUCCCUCGACUAUCUCAUGAAGAUCAAGGACUUCUUCGACGUCGACACAGCUAACAAGACAACUGCGCAUCCCUCGAGGAGUGAAGGGGCAAUGGUGACGAAAAAGAAGCAGCAGCCAGCACAGUCGCAGCCUCAGCCGACCACAUCAACGCCCAAGAUGCUGACGGUGAACGUACACGUGGAGAAACCGGACAUCAUCCUGCUCGAGAACAUGGACGACAUCAAUUCUAACUGCAUAGUGCUGAAUACAGAACUGUUGUUGAAGGUGCGCAUCAUGGGGGAACAUCAGGUGAUCACGGGCUCCAUCAAGGAUCUCUCUCUGUUGACGGGCAUUUACAAUCCUGCAAAGAGAGCCGACUGGAUCUAUCAGGUAUUGAGACCAUGCAGCAUCAGCGUAGCCGGUUCCACGCCGGAGGGCAAAGGGUUGCACUUGGAAGUCCGUUGUACAGACAUACACAUCUCCGUUUCGCCAGGUGUAAUUGAAAUAUUGAGUAAGGUCAUCCACACGGUGACGAAGAAGGAGGAAGAAGACAAGGAGAUCAUUAAACCUGAGCCUAAUUAUGAAGGGCUGUGGAUCAUUACACCCUUCGAGGAGAAUGAUUACUGGUUCCUUAAAACAGAGGUUGCGAUGGAAGCGCUCGAAGAAUAUACGUAUCCAGAAGACGAGGUUGCAGCAGCGUAUAAACCGGAAUUGGCAAUUGUUUCGGCACCGACGAUCUUGUUGACUUUGGAGGCGGGUGUCGGCAACAAAACUCUGCCGAUGCUGUUGCUUCAUGUGGGCUUCCAAAGUAACGUCAACGAUUGGAGCACAAAAACCAUGAGCAUGGAUUCUACGAUGUCUGUGAUCAUGGCGUAUUACAACAGCCGUCUCGCGCUAUGGGAACCAUUGAUCGAACCGAUCGAAAGCUUCGAUAAUGGUAAACGCAUCUCAACACCGUGGGAGCUGAAAACGAAGAUUCAAUUUAACGACAUUCUGCUGGAUUCGAGAGGCGCCAGCGCAGUCAGUCCCUCUUCAGACAGCGAGCUCGAAGAGCUACAUCAGUCCACCAAGAUGUCCAUCGAUGUUACGUCAUCCGAUAAUCUCGAGAUAACUGUGACGAAGACGUGUGUGGACGUAUUGAACCAAUUGGGUCAGGCGUUCUCGUCGGCUAUGGACACCAACAGGAAAGGACCCACCAGGAAGAUGGCACCGUAUCUGCUGAAAAACGAGACUGGCCUUGCGAUGAUACUUGAUUUGGAGCACAGUCUCUUCAAGAUCUUCGAGGACGGAUCGAGAAUAAGAGACCACAGCGACACGUAUAUGGAAGUGAUUCUCGAGACUGGUGCGUCGAUAGAACUCGCGCCAAAGACCUCCAAGUUGGACGCGCGUGUACUCGAGCACUUGAAGGCGGAAACCGUGAAGGACAGUGAAGACAGUAAAUUCGCCGUGUCUUUCAAAGGUAUUCAAGGCAAAUUGGCAAUACCCGUGCUGAAGGCGGACAAGCGAUUCUUCUCUCUAAAGCAUCGCAAGGAGGGUUCCGAGGAGUGGGGCAUCGUUUCGGACGUGAUCGUGGAGGAGGGCAGUACGAUUGUCACCCUCAGAAGCAUACUUCAGGUCCAUAAUCACUUCGCCCAACCGAUAUCCGUUUAUUACAUGACAAAACGUGGCAACGAGGUUGAAUGUGUGGGCACCGUGGCGCCGGACGAGAAGCUUAAUUUGCCAUUGGACGCCGUAUACACUCCGACUAACAUCUACUGGUUGUUCUUCAGCGUCGACGGAUAUAUGGUAUCGGUCGAGCCGUUCAUCUGGAAGGACCUACAAAAAACAGUUUCCAUGACGAAGCUACUGAAAUGCGAGGCUCGUUCGAAGCAGGACGUCACGGAACCGUUUUACAUUCAGGCUGUGGGAGAAAUCGAACAGGUCUAUUUCGAGAACACCACUCGUCAUACCAUGGCUAGUACCGUCUACAACGUGCACCUGUAUCCGUCUGCGUACUUGAAGAAUUUCUUGCCCAUUGACAUCAUCAUCUGCUUGCCUGACAGCGUUCAAGAACAUUUGCUCGAAGCGAGUGCCUCUCUGCAACUUCCCACGAUUGAUCCAGCCAAAUCGAGUAUAAUUAUCAAGUUACCCAAUUAUCUGGAGAAAGACUGGUCGUGCAGGGGCGAAAUUAUGGCAAACCCGCCGGAGUUCGCGGUCUGGUCGUUCGAGUCCUUCGAUAGCGCGCAGAAAGUAGUCAUGGACCUCGGAAUGCAUACGUCGCACAAGCAUGGUUCAAUCAUCAUGGAACUGUAUUGUCCCUUCUGGAUGUUGAAUAAAACUGGUUUGAUGCUGUCGUAUAGGAAAUCAAGUAAAGGUGGCAAAGAGCACUCGAGUCCGAUCAAGAAAUUCGUUUCCGCUAUGAAACCCCAUCAGCAACGCGCACGAUACAGGAAGAGGAAAACGCGCGCGACAACGGACGAUUACUUGAAUGUCCUGUACCAUCCAGAGCAUUUCAAGGGACCGAUUCUGUUCUCAUUCCGCUCCAAGGCCUUUUUCGGCAAAAAGAAAGCCAUGAUCAGAGUGGAAGACGGGGAAUGGUCCGACAAAUUCUCCAUCGAUGUCGCAGGUAGCCAGGGUGUAGUGGCGUGCAAGUACAACGGAAUGACGUAUCAGAUCGGCGUGCACAAUCAACUUACCUACAACUCGUUGACCAAGCAGAUCACAUUCACGCCUUAUUACAUACUCAUUAACAACGCCGAUUUCCUCAUAGAAUGCCAAGAAGGCGAUCGACCAGCCGAUCCAACGAUCAAAGUGCCUCCUGGCGAGUGCGCAGCUUUGUGGCCUCGAACUGAGCACGAGAAUAAAACCUUGAAAGCCAAAGUCACUGGUCAGCCUGAGAAGACUGCAGCGUUUAUUUACACUGACAGUCACACGACUCUGUUGAAAUUGGACAAUAAGUACGGAGGAAUCAACGUGGACGUGCAAAUGAACGAGGGCGGCGUUUAUAUCUCCAUGUCGGGCUACAGUUCAGGCAAUGCGCCGGCUUUGAUCAUCAAUCAUACGCCACAUACCAUUAAUUUCUGGGAAAAAGGCUCGAUUAAUGUCAGAUCCGUGCAGUCGUACAACAGGAUGUUUUACACGUGGGAAAAUCCGGCCGGUUCGCGGCAACUGAUCUGGGAAGACAGUAACGGCAAGGAGAUCGAGAACAAACUUCGUAAGGACAAUCUCGGUGCCUUCCAAUUGCCCGACAUAGACCAGGAACUGUAUUACGUCUCGUUCCUGGACGGCACGCAACGUGUACUUUUAUUCACUCCGAAUUUGAAGAUCGCCGAGGAUUGCCAGUUGGCUGGUGAUCUGGAGAUCAUAGAUCAGGAAAUCACACUGAACAUACACGGCAUCGGGUUCUCUCUUGUGAACAACAUCACCAAGUCCGAAUUGCUGUACAUGUGCAUCGCCAGUUCUGGAAUUAUAUGGGAAACACGUAAGUCUCUUGGCGGACGAUGGCGAGCCUUGAAUGCCAAAGAAGUCAAUGCCAUUGAGGAAGGAUAUCAACGUUACAUCAAAGAACUGCAAAUCGGCAAGGAUGCGGAUUAUCGAGUGAUGCUGGAGCCCAAGUUGAUGGUGGAUUAUCUGAACAUGGAAAUGCUGCGGCCGCAUCGCAGAUAUAUGCGACGAACCUUUCAAACUGGACUCUGGUUACAGUAUCGCACCUCGGCGCAUCAAGUACAAUUGCAUGCGAAAAUCAACAAGCUCCAAAUCGACAAUCAAUUGUCGGAGUGCGUGUUUCCAGUCAUUUUGGCUCCGGUGCCGCCGCCGAAGAGUGUCACACAAAGCACAGUGAUGAAACCUUUCGCGGAACUCAGUAUGGUCAAGCGCCUGUUGGAGCACAGCACCGUGCAACAAUUCCGAUAUUUCAAGGUUCUCAUACAAGAAUUCCAUAUCAAGGUAGACAUUAUCUUCAUAAACGCAAUAAUGGGUCUUUUCGAAGCCGACGAAAUCAACGAUGCGGAAGAAAGUGCUCUCUUCCGCAAAGAUAUGAAACUGGUGAACGAACCGCUGAUGUACCAUGUCAGUCUAAUCACCACAGCCGAGCAGAAGAACUUUUUCGAUCUUCUGCAUUUCUCACCACUGAAGAUACACAUCAGCUUUUCAAUCGCUGGUAGCGGUGGAGGACCCUCCGCGCUGCCGCAAGUACUUAACGUAUUGCUGCAAGGAAUCGGCGUGACGUUGACGGAUAUCAACGACAUUGUGUUCAAAUUGGCGUAUUUCGAGAGAAGUUACGUUUUCAUGACGCACAAGCAACUCAUCUCCGAGGCGUCCACCCACUAUGCGGGCCAAGCGAUCAAGCAGGCGUACGUACUCGUGCUGGGCCUCGACGUGAUCGGUAACCCGUACGGGCUCGUAAUUGGAACUAUGAAGGGCAUCGAAGAUCUGUUCUACGAACCCUUCCAAGGAGCUAUACAGGGCCCGGGGGAGUUCGCGGAAGGUCUGUUCCUCGGAGUGCGCAGCAUGCUGGGUCACACCGUCGGCGGAAUGGCCGGCGCUGUAUCGAAAAUCACAGGAGCGAUGGGCAAGGGUAUAGCUGCUCUGACUUUCGACAAGGACUACCAGCGAAAGAGACAGGAGCAGCUCAACAAGCAACCUGCCAACUUGCAAGAAGGUCUUGCACGAAGUGGAAAAGGCUUAGUAAUGGGCGUAGUCGAUGGGGUAACGGGUGUGGUAAUGAAGCCCAUAUCAGGAGCAAAGGAGGAAGGAGUGGAGGGAUUCUUCAAAGGAUUCGGAAAGGGCGUUGUUGGACUGGUUACCAGACCUACUGCUGGCGUUAUUGACUUUGCUAGCGGCUCUUUUGGAGCUGUCAGACGAGCUACCGAGUUAAACGAGGAAGUAAAACGGGUACGUUCGCCCAGGUUUCUCCAACCGGACAGUCUUGUUAGGCCAUACAUAAAGAAUGAAGCCGAUGGCAACAAGAUACUGAUGGAACUGGAAAAGGGAAAGUACGCAAACACAGACGUUUAUUUCUAUCAUAUGUACCUCCACAAAGACGUGCUGCUGCUGACAGACAAAAGAUUGUCGUACGUCGAACACAGCGAUUUGUUUGGUGGCUGGCGGGUUGAAUGGACUCACACAUGGAGCGAGUUCAGCGGAUCACCCAAGAUCGUGGAGAAGGGCGUGCAGAUCUUCAUUAAAGACGCUAGCAGGAAGAAGAAACUCGGCGGUUUAUUCGGCAAUGCGGAUCAGUCGAAGAUACUUUUAAUCGCAGAUCACAAUAUUAAAGAGUUGUUAUGCAGUAAAAUUCAAGAGCAAAUCAACCAAUACGGAGUAUAGUACAGCGACAUACAAUGCAACUUUGAAUACAGGAAAGAAAAGAGGAACGAAGAAGAAACGAAGCUGCUUUACUUCCCAAAUGCCUCGCGAGCGAUUUCGUACAAUUUCUAUGCACAUUUUCUAUGGACACUAUUUAUAAGACUGAUAUAUCAUAUAGCGACAGAACAGGGAAACACCAAUUAGAACACUGAAAACUAGACACGAAAGACUAUGGAAUCUUUUUUACUUUUCUCACGCGAUUGUUCGCAAGUUUUUUGUUGUCGGUAUUGUAUUAUCGAAUGAAACAUUAUAGAUUGGUGCAACGACUUUGCCGUAUCUGUCAAAAUUAAAAGUGGAAUAUUACAUAGUUUCUAUAGUGAAUUUUUAUUAAUCACGAUAAAUCAUUACUUUACAUUUUUAUUGUUUAAGAAGAAGAAAUUUGAUAGCUCUUUCCGAAAGACUCCAAUCGACAGUGUUUUAUAUUUGCCAUAGAAUUUAUACGCAAUCGGCAAUCGUCUGUACCAAUCUAGUAACAUAGAAAUAAAUGCGAGAGAAUAAUCAUUUUUAAAUUUAUAUUUGUAAGAUUCCACGCUCCACUUACGACCGAGUUUUUUAGCCGCAAAAAAGUUAAUUAACCAUUAAGUUAACCAUUUUAAUCGUAUUAUUAGAAACUAGAUUUACAAUAAUUUACGAUAGCCACGGAAUUGUAUUGAUUGGAAAUCUUAGAAUGACAAGCUGAAAUUGGUCAACAAACCUAUCAGAGUCUUUUAAGUUGAAUCGUUAAAUGAACCAGUGAAACAAAAUGAUAGAAAAAUUUCAAGUCAUUUACAAUCAAUCGUACAAAUCAAAUUAACGAUACAAGAAGAUAUAUAUAUAAUAUAUACUUGUUGAAGUAAGCGAAACUUUUAUUUAAAGAGAUCGAAUGAAAUAUUCUAUAUCUACGAAAGCUUAGCAUCACAUCAAGAACUGCAUUGUUAAUCCUACCGCAAUCGGCAAAUGCAAACGAGUCAUCGUUGAAACUAAUCAAUAAUCAAAGUAAAAUUGUGUGCUUUAUCCUCCUCCUCCUCAGAAUAUUUGAUGGAGUUGUUAAGAAAUUUGCUACGAAUAUCAUUGAUGCAACGAGUAGAGAGAAACACAUUGUUAAGACGUGAGAAAUUUUAUUACUGAGCUUUAACGCCUAACUAGUGUGCACCGGAGAUAUUUCUACCUCGUUUUAUUAACGCUUGUUAGUAUAAAUAAAUAUAUACGUAUAAAUAUAUGUAUAUAUAUAUAUAUAUAGAGUAUAUACGUGUUGAAUAGAAUCACACUCGUACUGUACAUAACAACCGGAUUAACUGAUUUUCAUAAUUAAUCUUUUCGUUGCCCAGUUAUGUUACCUCGGACAGUUUUAUUUAAAACGAUAACGGAAAACGUUAUCUAUAACUAAUUUCACUUAGUUCUGAAACGUUUUUAAAAUCAACUAAUUUCGCGUGAUGCUUAUUACGUAUAUAUAUACAGCGUGUACCAGUGUUUGGUAUGUAUUUUAUUAAUUUAACUUUAUUACUCUGUUGUGAUACGCAAUAAAGUUAUUACAAAUA